AUGAUAGAAGAAAGUAUAGAUGCCUGUGAUCGCAUCCGCAAACUGGCCUCGGUCCAGACCGUCUCGGAAAUUCUGCCCCAUCCCAACGCCGACCGGUUGGAAUUGGCCACGAUCCUGGGUUGGCAGGUGGUCGUUGCCAAGGCUGAAUUGAUACAAAAAGGCGACAAGGUGGUGUAUUGCGAAAUUGAUUCCAAAUUGCCAAGUACGGCCACAUGGCUUCCGGAAGCCGUCAAACGCCGCAUCGAAGGACAAAAAAAUAAAAAGGAUUGGUUUCAUGUCAAGACGGCAAUGAUUCGGGGACAGCUCUCGCAGGGUUUGAUAGUACUCAUGAAAGACCUUGAGGAAGAACUGGAAGAUGGCCAUGACAUGACUGCCAAACUUGGUAUUGAAAAGUAUGAUGAUGAAGAGACAGAAGAGUCAACUGGCGAUAGGAACAAGAUCAAACUGGCAGGAGGAAACUGUUGGAAACCCUUUCCCAAAGAGCUCGUUCCCAAAACAGAUGAGCCUCGGAUCCAGUCCAAUCCUUGGAUGCUGCAGUCGUUCAAAGAAAGCAAUUCACCAUACUAUGCCACGGUCAAAUUGGAUGGAUCGUCUGGGACCUUUCUGAUCGAUCCAAAGACGGAUGAAUUUUGGGUGUGUUCUCGGAACCACGUACGCUUCCAUCCAAAUUAUGGUGAUGAUUCUCCCAAAGUCAUGUGUCCGUAUUGGGAAGCUGCCAAGAAUGCCAAUUUGGAAGCCAAACUUCGCGAGCACAAUAAAAAUCUAGCCAUUCAGGGAGAAGUCUGUGGUCCCCGCAUCGCCAAGAAUCCACUGGGCCUUGACAGGAUUAAACUCUUUGUCUUUGACAUUUACGAUUUGAAAACUCGCCGGAAGCUACCCUUUGCGGAACUGGUGUCUACCUGUGUCAAAUUGGGUUUGACCAUGGUUCCAGUGGAAUGUGUGGGCGAUAACUCCAAUGUUACAGAGCACGUGUCGUCCAUUGGCAAUCUGUUGGAGGCGUCCAAAGGCAUUUACGAGUCGUCCGGCAACGUUCGUGAAGGUUUGGUACUCCGUUCGAUGGAUCAGAAAAUAUCCUUCAAAGUCAUUAACAACGACUAUCUCCUUGGAAAGAAAAGUAAGAAAAAGAAGUAA